CACAACACACACUUUCUCCAUCUCUUUCACCUCCCACCCCACCAAGAACACACACAAAUUACACACACUCGAACACUCUUUUCAUCUUUUCACCAGCUACUGGUAUAUAUACACACUUGCUUGUAACAUUGACCUUGUCUUUAAAAAUUUUUUUGGUUUUGAAUGGAGACCCCGGAAUUCUUUCAAGGAGGCUACUACAAUACACAUAUGGCACCAGAAAAACGUCUCUCCGACGCUAAAAAUAGCGACCAUUUUAUCAUCGAUGACCUCCUGGACUACCCUAAUGAUGAUGGCAUGGUGGCUGACGGCACUUUUGACACUACCAUCACGGCGGGCACCUCCACUGAUUCUUCCACGGUCGUUGACACUUCAUGCAACUCUUCGUUCUCCGGUAGCACCGAACCUCAUUUCCCCGGCGGCGAUAUGGGGUGCCGGAAUUUCACUGAUGGCCAAUUCUCCAGUGAACUUUGCGUGCCGUAUGAUGAUUUGGCUGAGCUGGAAUGGCUAUCGAAUUUUGUGGAAGAAUCCUUUUCCAGUGAGGACCUGCAGAAGCUGCAGAUAAUAUCAGGUAUGAAGGCCCGUACUAAUGAGGUAUCAGAAACUCCUGACGACCAGCCGGAACCCAAUCGAGAAACUGCCACACCCAUGCUUCGGCCCGAAAUGUCGGUCCCUGCGAAGGCACGUAGCAAGCGCUCACGCGCCGCUCCAUGCAAUUGGACGUCUCGCCUACUCAUGGUCUCACCUUCCACUACUACCUUGACCGCGGCCACGACCACCACCAUAAUGGCGGCGGCAAUGUCAUCAUCCUCGGACUCGGAAAUGACCCCGAGCACUGGCAAGAAGGCGGUGAAGGCGCCGUCGAAGAAGACGGAAGUUUAUGAUCAAAAUGCUAGCAUGGCCAAUGGUGAAGGUAGGAAAUGCCUUCAUUGUGCUACAGAUAAGACACCACAGUGGAGGACUGGUCCUAUGGGCCCCAAAACGCUUUGUAACGCUUGUGGGGUUCGGUACAAGUCGGGCAGGCUGGUGCCAGAAUACAGGCCCGCUGCAAGCCCGACUUUUGUCCUCACCAAGCAUUCCAAUUCACAUAGAAAAGUGCUAGAGCUGAGGAGGCAAAAAGAGAUGUUGAGGGCUCAACAGCAGCAGCACCAAUUUCUUCAUCAAAAUAUGAUGUUUGAUGUAUCAUCCAACGGUGAUGAUUACCUGAUUCAUCAACAUAUUGGGCCCGAUUUUCGGCAGCUGAUUUAGCUAUCAUUCGAGUCCUAAUCAUAGUUUAGUGAAGUGUGGGAGGAAGAAGGAAUGAAGCUUAACCAGAAAAACUUCUCUAUAAUUUUAAUUUUUAUCUAAUUGAUGAUUUCUGUAGCUAGACUUGAGGUUUCCUGACUUAAAUGAAUUUUGUAGUACUCCUUUUUUGUUGCACAUGAAUUUUGGAUCAUUGGAUGGAGAAAGAGGGCAACAGAGAGAGAGAGACAGUAGAUGAUGUAGGCUCUAGUCUAGUGUCCCUUUUGAGUUUCAUCUGCCUCAACUUCUGGCGAAAUAUUGGACCAAAAUUUCAUUCCAUCUCCUUUUGUUUAAUUUUUGUUACAA